AUGCCGAAAUCUGGUUUCAGACAAGAUCCUCCUGCAUGGAUAGCUAAUUACAACUUGAUUUCUGGCAGUUUAUGGUCGUUCAUAUUAGUUAAUACGGCUGUUAGUAGUGUUUUUUUCGGCCAACCACAGAUUUUUGACUUGACAUCAACAUUGCUCACUCUUAUUCAAUUGUGUGCUAUCAUCGAGAUUUACAACUCUGUCGUUGGUAAUGUCAGAUCUCCUUUGUUCACUACCAUUAUGCAGGGUGCUUCCAGACUAUUGAUUGUACUUGGAAUCUUCCAGGCCCUACCAGAUUCUCCCGGAAAUUAUCACUGGGUCUACAUAUCACUAAGCGUGGCAUGGUCUACCACGGAGAUUAUUAGAUAUUAUUACUAUGCAGCCAAAUUGUUGAGUAAUAAUCAUCCUCCUGCUUUACUUACUUGGCUCAGAUACAACACUUUCAUCAUCUUGUAUCCUAUAGGGAUCUCUUCUGAGGUUACUAUUAUCUUCAAAAGUUUGGAGGAGGCCGAAUUUGUUUAUGGGCCCGGAUACAAGUAUUUUUUAAUCCUCUGUUUGAUAGCCUAUAUUCCUGGUUCUUAUAUAUUAUAUAGCUAUAUGUUGAAGCAGAGGAGCAAGGAGAUGAAGAGGUUAGGCGAGGAGAAGCUAGGCGAGAAGAAGCCAGGAGAGAAGAAGCAGCAAGGUGAGAUCAGCUCCAAAAAGGACUAG